UAACACUGUGGUACAAAUUUGCCAGCGUAUAUCACACUUCACAGGUUAUUUACAGUUGCAACUUGCAAGUGUGAACUGUGAAAAGAGAUUAAAUUAAGUUAUAGUAUUAAUUGAAUUAAUACAGUAAUUAACACCAUCAUCAUCACUGUUUUAACUUACCCUAUUCAAAUAAAACUACGCGUUGUGUAUUUAUUGAGAGAGAGAGAGAGAGAGAGGGAGAUUCCAGAUGCUUUGGCAAUGGGGAAAAUUGGAGAUGAAUAUGUGCAACAAGAAGAACAGAGGGAGAACAACGACGGUGAAGAAGAUUUACGACGGUGUUCGGUGGUUCUGAGAUUAUUCAGUUUCAAGUGUUUAUUCAUUCUCUUUUUCAGUUUAUCGGCUUUUCUUUCUGGAAUCUUCUGGAUUCUUCCUAAACACACAACCGUAAUUAGCUUUGAUGCUAAAGAUAUAAUUAAGAAUAGUGCUACUGUUCAGGCAUCCUUCAGGCUGGAAAAUCCAGUCUCACAGCUUAUUCCAUACAUCGAAAGAUUAGAAUAUGAUAUAUUUGGUGAAAUAGCUCUGCCAAAUACAAAGGUGGCUAUCCUAUCCAUCCACCAAAGUGUUGCACCUAAUUGGUCUGACGUGGUAUUUGGCGUUCUCUCUGAUCCAAUGAAUGUUCCAAUAAAUCCAGUGCACUUGAGUGUCCUGAAGUCAUCACUAAUUGAACUGUUUCUCCAGCAAUCCAACCUGACUUUCACAACACCAGUAAUUGGGAACACAUCUUUGUUUGAGAUCUUGAAGUUUCCCGGUGGGUUAACUGUAAUACCAGAGCAGUCCGCUUCUAUUUGGCAGAUACGCGAGAUUCUAUUUAAUUUUACUCUUCAUAACUCGAUAUCUGAAGUCCUGGAUAAGUUUGAUGACUUCGAGGAAGAAUUGAGGUUUGGAUUGCAACUGAAGACUGAUGAGAAUGUGUAUGUGGAAAUAACAAAUGCACACGGCUCAACGGUAGCUAGUCCGGUAGUAGUGCAGGCUUCAGUAAUGCGAGGUUUUGAGAGCCUUAUGCCACAAAGAUUGAAACAAAUAGCUCAAACCAUAAGAGGCUCUGCUAGAAAAAAUCUCGGUCUUAAUAACGUAGUUUUUGGCAAAGUCAAAGAAAUCAGGUUGUCUUCUUUUUUAAAGGAUACACUACAUGUUUACCCACCUGCUCCUGCUCCAUCCCCACAGUUAACUGAUCACUCUGAGCCAUCAGUUUCACCAUAUCAUUCUCCUUCUUAUUCUCCAAUAUCCCCAGUAACUGCCGAGACACCUUGUUUUGACUGUGAAGUAUCCUCACCUUCACCAUCCAUUGUGACUGAGCAUCCUCCAGCCUAUUCUCCUGUCGCUUCCCCUACAUCAUAUACUGCUAGCCACACAGCUGGGGUUCCUCCUGAUCUGUCACGUCGUGUACCCGAGGUUUCUCAUGGAUUCAAGCUUCGCCGAGAUGAGGAGAGAUCCAAUAAGAUGGUGUCUCACUUGCUUGCUCCAUCCUCUCCAUCUUCAGCAGGUGGCGGUGAUUUGCGUAGAUAAAUCUUGCUAAUGGGAUUUUGUAUGCUAUUAGUGUCUUUUGUUUUUCUUAAUGACAUUACAUUUCAAUGACAUGGAGAUGUUGCCUAAAGAAGGAUCCACAAGCCAUACAAGAACUAUAGCUUAAUGAUGCUUCAAAAGUUUUGCGCAGACAAAGGAAGAAGCUUCCGACAAAUUUUACUUAAUGUCCAUACUUAAAUUCUGGCAUGCAAUACAACCAAAUUGUAAAGUUUUGGUGGGUUAAGGUCAAAGCCAGAAAAUUGGCAGGCCUCUCAUCUAUGAUAUAUGAAGUGUGAAAUUGAUCCCAAAGGGAUCAAGCUAACAAACAGCAUGAUUCAAAGCAAAAUUGGCUUUAGAUGUCAAAAGAACCAUUCCUUGUAUUCGAUCAAGUGUAUAAUAUACAAAGAAUUAAUGGGUUCUUUGAGCAUCUACUAUGACAUACAAAGAGAAUACUUUUUCUUUUUCA